AACUUUACUGACAAAUAUAAAUAAAAUAGAGCAGAAUUAGAAACAAGGGUCUAGGGUUUUUCGUCGUUUCAGAAGCCCUAGAGCAAGAACUGCUGCUCCCGCUACAUCUCAGUGAUAAGAAAGAGAGACUCUCAGGGUUUGUGAAGAUGGGCGGUAGAGAAGAGAAUCGCAUAUUCGUGGGAGGAUUGGGUUGGAACACUUCGGAGAGGCAUCUUGAAGAUGCCUUCAGUCGAUACGGAAAAAUUCUCGAGUCCCUGGUCAUGAUGGAAAGAGAUACUGGUCGUCCUCGCGGGUUUGGAUUUAUAACCUUUGCAGAUCAUCGAGCUAUGGAAGAUGCAAUUCGGGAGAUGCAUGGCCGGGAGUUGGAUGGCAGGGUAAUAUCUGUAAACAAGGCACAGCCAAAAAUGGGCAGUGAAGAUUCAGGAUAUGGCUAUGGUAGGGACCAUAUGCCAAGUGGCAGGGAUCAUGCUCCUGGUGGCAGAGACCACGCGACAAGUGGCAGAGACCGCAUAUCUGGUGGACGGGACCAUAUGCCAGGUGGCAGGGAUCAUUUCCCUGGUGGCAGGGAUCAUUUUCCAGGUGGCAGGGAUCGUAUGCUGGGUGGUAGGGACAGCUACAGGGGAGUUGAUAAGCCAGUUGGCCGAUCUGAUGAUUGCUUUAAGUGCGGCCGUCCAGGACAUUGGGCGCGGGAUUGUCCUUCUGGUGAUGGUGUUGGCAGUGGUGGUGGCCGAUUCUCUUCACAUUCCAAGUUUGGUGGAGGUGGAGGUGGGGGUGGAGGUGGUCGUGGCGAUCGCUUUGGAGGAGACCGAUAUGAUGAUCAUUUUGAUGGGGGACGCUAUGGAGGAGAUAGGGAGCGCACUGAUAGCAGAGACAACAGGUAUGGCCGUGAUCGUUACAACAAUGACAGGUACCAGCCUGGUGGUGAUCGCUUUGGAGGGGAUAGAUAUAUGGACCGGGACACUCAAAAUGGGUACAACGGCAAGGAUAAGGGUUACAAUAGGGAAGGAGGACCCAGAGGUGGUGGCGACAAGUAUGGAAGUGGAGGAGGGCCAGCCCGUUUCGACAGGGGAAGCUACAGGGACAGACCCGGUCCUUAUGAUCGCUCUAGAAAAGCAGGUCGACCAUCUUCCUAUGACCGGUACUGAGAUGCUGAGAUGCUGAGAUAUGGUUUGUCUAUUUCAUGUUAAGACUGAUAGAUAUCUGAUUCACACAGUUACUCUGUUGAGUUCUGAUUGAUGAGGAGAACAGCUUAUUAUUAGCUUCUGCAUGGAUGGAUUCAGCCUAGUUUGUAGGUCUCUUACUUCUGUUCUUUAAAACUAACUCAGGAUGUGGAAUUAAUGAAUGCUUGGAAGUCAUCGUGGUUAUUAUUUAA